AUGCGUACACCAAUUUAUCCUGAAAUUGAAGCUUUUAUACAAACGAAAAAGUUGAAAAAAUAUGAAAGCCAACAACAGGAAACUGCUAGUGAAACCAUUAACAAACCAAUGGUUUACCAAAAUUUAUCAGUUCAAAAUUUUCAAUCACAAUAUCCACUUAUUCCCCACCUCGCCGAAGUAUGGGAUGAGCUUAACGGUGUUGAAGGCGUCAACUUGACAGUUGAUAAAGGAAAUUUAACUCUUUACGGCCAAGUGGUUUCAUCCGCUUGUGAAUCUAUAGCUACUUGUUAUAACAACUAUUAUAUAGAGAACUUUGAAAAUAUUAUUGCAAACUACUUUAUAUACAUGAUCCGUCAAGCAUUUCAUGACAUAAAAAUGCCCAUAGUAAAACAUAUAGUAUACGAACAUGUGCUCAAUGUACUAUUUUCGCCAGGACUGGGAGCCAUCAAUUCUGACAAUAUUUCCACUUCUUUGAACAGUAAAGAGCAAGAAAACAUUUGUACGUUUUUAAACCCAUUGAUAUUGGAGAUCAAGAAUCGUAUACCAGCAUUUCUUGUGACAAAGGCAACUCUAAAUAAUGCCCCAUUCAGCAUUAUGCCAGUACUUAAGCACAUUCUGGAGAAAUAUGAGUCCUUAAUUGUGGAAGCACCGCUACCUGUUCCUGUCUCUCAAUUGGAAAUCAUCUCACAAGAACAAUCAGACGAGACCGAUCAAGUAAAUAAAAGACCAAGAAAAAAGAAGAAAGUAAAAAAAAACAAAAACGACAACAACAGCGUAAAAAGAGAUUUCCAGCCGCCUCGUCUCUUCAGUCUAUUCCCGAACCCUGGCUUGCAUUGGCGUUUCGUUAAAAUAGAUAGCCAAAAUUUGACUGGUCUGUUUCCGACGGCUUCAAUGGAACGGUUAGAGGAAGAAACAGUUUUUGAAUACACCCAAAGAUAUUUUUUUGCCCGUUUUAAUUUUGCUAAGAUAAACAUAAAUACUGAAGAAAUCGAUCGUUAUUUUAGACCUUGCACAGUAGAUCCCAACAGGAAAGAUGCUUUUGUGUCAUUUCAUGGUAACACGGAUGUUAGGCGGCUUUCAUCUGCCGAAUAUUACAACAUGAAUGGAAGUGCCAAUCGUCUGAAGUUGGAGCAAGACAGGAAGAAAGAACAAGGAGUGCAAACAAUCGAGACAAACAUACCUUCUGUAAAGUCAGCAGUUGCAGAUAAAUAUAUUACGCAUGUGAAAUACAUGAUGCAACAUAAGGACACACUAUUUAAUUUUUACAAUUUUCAAACAGCAAGAGUCAAAUGGUGUAAUUACAUUGGAAAACAGCGUGCCCUCCAGGAUGCUGUAAAUAUCCUAAUUAACGGAUCAAAGAAGUACAAUAAAGGACGAUGGAAGAAAACAAGAAAAAACAAGAGAAAAAGAAGCAAGACAGCUGCAAAAAGCCACAAAGAGAAAUUUGAGGAGGGUGACAAAAGUAAAAUGCCAUUGAUAAUUUUUGGGGACGGUUUGAAGAAUAAAAGUCACGUAAAGAUCAGUGGGAUUAGGCAUGGCGUCUCUGAAAUGAUAUACAGACAGUUGAAGCUGCGGGAAAAACUUGGAGAGUUAUUGCUACUUGACAUAGAUGAAUAUAAAACAUCAAAGGUGAAAGAUAUACGUGUCUAUAACAUGUAAUUACUAAUACAAUGUCAUUUCUUUCUUAGAACUGCAAUAACUGCCUAGAAAGUAGUCUAGAAAACUUAAAGUAUAAAUGUGGAACGGACAACCGAUCAAUCCAUCAAAUAUUCUUCUGCAAAAAAUGUAAUAUUCGUUGGAAUCGUGACGUUAUGGCUACUAAAAACAUGUACACCAUUGCCACCUCAAUUUGGAGAGGUGAUGGCCGACCCGAUGUCUUUAAAAGACAAAGCGCCACCUACAAUGUGGUUGCCACGCCCUCACCGGCGAUGGCUUAAAG